UUAACUAAUAUCACUAAUUAAAAAAUCCGAAAGUCUAACUAUUGACUUUUCAUCAUCUUCACAUCCACACGAUGGCGUUCUUGUUUCAAAACCGGAAUUCUCGUACUUUUAAGCCGAGGAAAAAAAUACCUGAAGGAACGCAUCAACAUGACCUCAUGGAGCACGCUGCUGCCACCUUGGGGAGCGGGAAUUUACGCUUGGCUGUGCAACUUCCAGAAGGUGAAGACCUAAAUGAAUGGGUCGCUGUUAACACCGUCGAUUUUUUUAAUCAAAUAAAUAUGCUCUACGGAACAAUUACUGAGUUUUGCACGGCUUCUUCUUGUAAAGUCAUGUCCGCUGGACCUAAGUAUGAAUACCAUUGGGCUGAUGGAACCAACAUCAAAAAACCAAUCAAGUGUCCGGCACCUAAGUACAUUGAUUACCUUAUGACGUGGGUUCAGGACCAACUUGAUGAUGAGAGCGUAUUUCCUUCCACAAUCGGCACCCCGUUUCCGAAAAAUUUCAUGACAAUCGCGAAGACCAUACUGAAACGUCUAUUUCGCGUCUACGCUCAUAUUUACCACCAGCACUUCAGCGACGUAAUGAAUCUCAAGGAGGAAGCACAUCUCAACACGUCUUUCAAGCAUUUUAUUUAUUUCGUGCAGGAAUUUAACCUAAUUGAUCGAAAAGAACUAGCACCGCUGCAAGAUCUCAUUGAUAAACUUGUUGAUAAUGAUAAAGAAAAAGCCAGCAGGGCUGGGAGGUAGUUUGACCAAAACUAGACAAAUCACAAGACUAAUUUCCGUUGUACAGGGACAGCAGUAUAAAAUUUCAUAGUGUGUAAUUGUUACCACCUAUUAGGGCAGAUUUUUGUACUACGGUGUUUCCCUGAAAAUAUGACCUACCCUGAAAAUAAGAUCUAGCCUGAAUUUUAAAAUGAUUUUGAUAUAAGCCCUCCCUUUAAAAUAAGAUUUAGUCGAUAGCACAGAUUUUUUUUGACCUAGUUGAUAGCAAGAAAUCUUUCCUACGCAUUUCAAAUAAUUAAACUACAUAUUUGGAAAUCUCAUAAUUCUCCACUUUGUAAUUUUGUUUUCUAAUAGAUGCAAAUAAGACAAAUCCCCAAAAUAAGCCCUGAUGGUAUUUUUCAAAAGAAAAUUGAAAUAAGACCGUGUCUUAUUUUCGGGGAAACACUGUAUUGGAUCUCCAUUUUCAUCUGUUUGGGUAUUGUCGCCUACCAGUCAUUUUCUGCUCAAAAUACUAAUUUCCUGUUAAUUACUCUUCUAACUUUUGCCUAAAUUUUAGGAUUUGAUAAAUUGAAUAUGAUUCCAGUUGUCUAAUAUUAGGGAUAAAGGAUUUCUCUCGCAAACUCCUAUAUGCACCAUUUUUUCCUCGUUUGUAUAGGUCAGGGGUGGCCAGCAUGUCGGUAUCAAGUAGUCGAUCGAGUCUGAUUUCAUUAAGAAUGCGCAUAUAGAGCCAAGCUUAUUUGCGUUAGUGGAAUUUUCGAUGCGUGUGUGCAGUUAUACGCAUAUUCAGUAUUAUUCAUUUAUGUGUAUGACCUUAUAACCAAUCGAUCGCGAGCUAUGUUAAGAAUUUUUGACGAUCAUGAUUGAAAGAAGGUUGGCCCCCCCUGCUAGAAGGACAACUAAGGGAUGGUUAACUACAGCCCACCAAAGCGAUUUUGUCCAUCCUCCCGCCCUUGGGGAAAUUUCCUACACCUACAUAUUAAAUCUCAUGGCCAUUUUAUCUCAUGGCCUAGUUGUGAGACAGUUUGUCAAUUCUAAAAUAUUUCUUUCCGGAUUGUAUUUUUAGGACACUAUUCCUCAUCCAAAAAAUAUUUCAAUAAUCUUAAAUUCAGCAUAUUUGAGUAAGUUGUUGAGUUUUCUGGGUAAACAUACUUUUUUAUUAUUUAAUAACAAUUGUCAAGAUUGUUAGUCAUAAUUAUGGCAUACUUCGGCCUCGCAUUCAGUUACCAGUUAUUACUUGUAGAAGAUAAAUUGAAAUUAUUGAAAAUGCUCGACGCCCCACGAUUUGGCCACGGCCCACCGUUCGACAACCACUGCUUUAGAGGAGGUUUAAAAAUUUGUUCUCUUCAAUUACAAGAAAACAGAAACGUAAUUGUUGAAAUAUUGAGUCUGAGCAGUGAAUUUAAAAAUAAAUGCAAUAGCCUUCCCUCUUCAAGUACGAAUAUGAAGCCGAUAGGCGAACUAGCUGUGGAAAAAAUCUUUUUUUUUAGCAAUAAGGAUUUUUCAGAAAGAAACAUAUGUUAUCUUAUUAUGUGUCCGUUAACUACUUUUCAGGUAUUCAAAUUCAGGUUGUCAGAGUUCUUUUCUGAUUGGUAAAUUAGUUACGAAGAAAAUCUUUUUUUUUUCUCCUAAAACACUGAUUUAGCGAAAAAUACGUUAUUACGGGAAAACGAGUCCAGUACUCUUCUCAGAUUUUGAAUUUUCAUAGUUCCUUUCUGUAUAGGCAUUCCUACAAAAGAUAUACUUUUUUGGGUUUGCUGUGGUAAUUGCUUGUGGCAUUUUUUCAUGUUUUAUCAAAUUAGAUGAUUAUUAUGGUGAUUUUUCAUUUCCUUUUCAUUAUUUUAUUAUUUUUCAUUUUGUACAUAAGGUAACAGUUUUGUUUUAGGAAUUAGAUUACGCAUACCCCCCCCCCCCCCCUUCAGUCAAGAAAGCAAGUUGUACAUACGAUGUUGAACAAAAAUAGAACCAAGGACUUGAUCAAAGACACCACCGCCAAUUCUAAAAUAAGAAGAUCGUAAUUAUACAUUCAGGGUCAGGACUGCAAAUUGUGCUGGGAUUCAAAUUUUCAAAUCAAUUCCUAACUGGAUAAUUAUUAAUUUAUUAUUUUAAAACGUGGCGGAAAUGUUUUCCUCAAAUCUCACAUUCUUGACUCGCUCGGGGCUUUGCACAACAGAUGCAAAAGCUGUUCUAUCAAAGUUUGCUAUAUCAAUAUAACUUCAGUAGCUGAUUGCUUCUCUGCGCCGCGUAAGAGUAAGCUUUCUAUAGGGUCAAAAUAACUAUAAUAAACAUUUGACAUAACGAAAUAACACCAAUAUGUUCGUAGUUACGUGUUGAUAGCUGCUCGUGCACGCUUUCUUAAAUGCCCUGUCCAGGGAGUCCUCGACUUACGACGCAGUUCCGUUCCUGAGACUCGGUGUAACCCGGAUUUCAGUGUAAGUCGGAACAUUAUACUGUACAGUGGUACAGUGCAUGAAUUACUCUAUACACAUCGUACUGUAUUGUAAAGUAUGGUACUGUAUACUAAUAAAAUGUACAAAUAAUGCAAAAAAGAACUUUAUUAG